AUGAACAAAAGUGAUUUACUUGAAGAGAAGGUACCAAAGUCGGAUAUUCGACAAUAUUUUGCUGAUUUCACUGGUGAUCAUAAUAGUUUGCGUGACGUUCAGUUUUUUCUAGUGGAUAAAUUUGAGAAUUGUCGACGUGAUAGACGACGACCAUUUUUUUAUCAUUUUACAACAGCAAUAGAUACAGAAAAUAUUAGACGUGUAUUCAAGGAUUGUCGUGAAACUAUUUUGGAACAAAAUUUGAAAGCAUUAAUGAUGCAAUGA